AUGGUGUUGUUUAUUUUCAAAUUGUCUAAUAUUAACGAAUCUAGCACUAGGGAAUUAGUAUUUAUUUGUAGAGAUAAAUUAAAAGGCAUGAAUGUAGUUACUAGACAGGUAUAUGAGGAAGCUGAAGCAGAACUUGAUGAAUUGAUGAAACGAAGGGAAAAUUUAGAAGAUAGUUUAAUUUAUACAAAUGAAAGUUCAUACUUGGAAGAAGGUGGCAAUCUUAUUCAUGGAUUUAGUGGAUAUUUAAAACCUUUAUCACAACAAGAUAAGAGAAAGAAAGAAAUAAUCCAAGAAGAUCGAAUAUUUUCUAAUUCAAGUUUUAAUUACGAAGAGGUCAUGGAAUUUGUGACAGAAGAAGAAAGUUCUAGUUCAGACGAAUACAAUAAGAAAAGUGGUAGAUCAUCUUUAUUAGCAAAUUAUUCUCUAAAUAAAAGAGCUACAAGAAUACGAUUAAUCAUUAGUUCCAGAGAGUUGAAAAAAGAAAAGCAAGGACAAAUUAAUACUUGA